CUUUGUUUCACUUCAUUUUCACUGCGGAACUUACAUACAGUGAAUGUUUUUGGUUUCACUCAGAUAAUUCCUCUUUAUCCUCUAUAAUCUCCGUCGAAUAUGAAUAUUUAUCCAUUUAAAUCUGUCGUGGAUCCUAAACCAAUCCCAUGCUGUAUCUUUCAGCUAUGUCAAGCCUUUUUUUUAAACAUAUUUUUCGGAUUUCUCCUGCUGGCAUGUCAUUCGUUGGGGUUCAGUUUAGAGACACUGCAUCCAAGAGUUUUCACUGCGCCCGAGGUAGGCUCUCAUUUUGGCCAUCAGGUUUGUCAUUUUGGACCAACGCAAGGAGACAGUGUGUUAGUGACGGCACCUAACCUUCAUAAUGGAACUGGUGGUCUUUAUAGGUGUACUUACAGUGGUAAUCAGUGUAUGCUGCUCCCAGUGACAGUUGAUCCAGGCAUUGCGUUUGGUUUGGCUCUUGCCUGUGAUGAUGGUCAAGCUUUGGUAUGUGGUCCUCGUCUGAAGCAUAAAUGUGAGGGGUUUAACUAUCUUAAUGGCCAAUGUGUGGAGAUCAACCCACACUUCACUGCUGCUGAAACACUGAAGCCAGCUUUCCAGGAGUGUCAUGUUAUUCCCCCUCUGGAUGCAGUUAUUCUGUUUGAUGACUCUGGGAGUAUCACCUCAGAAAAUUUUGAAACAAUGAUCAGAUUCAUCAAGAACUUAAUUGCCAUGUUUUUGGAUACACGAGCACAGGUGGCAGUAGCCAAAUUCUCUACAAAAGUGUCGGCUGUCUUUCACUUUGAGAACUUUGCAGUGAAACGAGACCCCGACCAACUAAUGAAAGAUGUGACCCAGGCACAGGGACAUACAUACACGCCUUCUGCAAUACGUUUCGUGCUAGAAGAGAUGUUUUCUGAGAAGGUGGGCAUGCGAAGCAACUCUCAGAAGUUAUUGCUGGUGAUCACUGAUGGAAAAUCAAAUGACCCCAAAGAGGAAUUUAAGAAUGUCAUCCUGAAAGCCAAUGAACGAGACAUCACACGAUUUGCCAUUGGGGUUGGUAAGGAAUAUUCGUAUCCUGAGCUGGAGUUGAUCGCUUCAUCACCCCAGUUUGUGUUUGAGACAGAGAGUUUCAGUGCUCUCACCUUGAUACUAAACCAGCUAAAGAAAAAAAUAUUCUCCAUUGAAGGAAUUGGCACAGGGAACUUCAGCUCUUUUCAGAUGGAAUUAUCACAGGGGGGUUUCAGUGCAGCCCUUUCUGAGGUCAGCAACAUUUUCCAUGGUUCAAGGAUGUUUGGAGCGGUUGGGGCAUACUCCUGGUCAGGAGGAAUAGUGCAGGAUCUCACUCGUCAAAUGCUCAAUUCAUCAUUCAUUAAUGCCACAAAUAUGGAGGAGGACAUUAGAGAUUCCUAUUUAGGUUACUCAAUUGCUGUGGCUUCUGUAAAUGGUCAUGUUGUGUACUUUGCUGGAGCGCCAAGGCAUAGACACAAAGGUCUGGUGCUGGGAUUUACACAGAACGAUCAGAACCACAGUUGGACCAUCAGUCAUAGGAUAUACGGAUCACAGCUGGGCUCAUACUUUGGGGCAGAAUUGUGUGUGGUUGGUGUUUCUGAGUUGUUAGCAGUGGGAGCUCCAUUAUAUCACGCUCAUGGAGUGGGAGGAGAGGUCCGGAUAUGCCCACUUAACACUACAGUCCAAGAACUCAACUGUUCAGCGAUUCUCCGUGGGGUGGUGGGGAAUGAGUUUGGCCGGUUUGGUACUUCACUGGCAGCCAUACAGGACCUAAAUGGAGAUGGCUUUAAAGAACUGGCAGUGGGGGCACCUCAAGAAGAGAAGGGCAAGGGUGCCAUUUACAUAUUUUUGGGACAACCAGGCGGUAUCAGAACAGAAUAUAGCCAGAGAGUGAGUGGAGCAGCUGUGGAAGGUGGGCUGCAGUAUUUUGGAGUCGCUCUUCACUCUGCGGGAGAUCUGACCUCAGACGCUCUUACUGAUGUAAUAGUGGGCUCUAGAGGUGCAGUUACAGUACUAAGGUCUCAGCCUGUCAUGUGUUUGCCUAUAAAUGUCACUGUUGACCCACCAAUCAUCCAUCAGAAAUUCUUUCAUUGCUCCGCCCCCCUCGGUCUCAACACCCCUGUUGCCACAGUUACAAUCUGCAUGACUGUAAAAGAGAUUGUCAAGGGUGAUAUACAAGGUCCUUUAGGUUCUGUGGUGUCAGUGGCUCUGGAGCUAAAGCUGGACCCUUGGGCCAGAGCUCCUCGACUGUUAUUUGUUCCCAGAUCAGCCUCAUUUCUCUGGACCCUCAACGGCAACCUGAGCAGCAUAUCUCCUGUCUGCACUACUCUGUACAUCAGCAUCCCGGAGUGUAUUUCAGACUACCAUGAAGUCCCUCUCACUGGGAAAAUGAAAGUAACAACAGAAGUUAUUCCAGGAACAGGAGGCUUAAGUCCAGUGCUGAGCCCUGACUGCUGGCCUGGAUUUACAGAAAUGGUGGUUCUGGAGAAAGUGUGCGGGGAAGAUCAUGUGUGUAUAUCGGAUUUAAAUGUGUCUCUCUCUUUUAUGAGUGAUACUGUGGUGAGUACUGCUGGUUACCCAGUGAUUCUCUCAGUGGAGGUAUCCAAUAAUGGAGAAGAUUCCACGGAUACAGAGCUUUUCCUUCAUCAUCCCACCAUCCUCUCCUUCACCCGCAUCAAAACAUCUAGUGUACAGGUUCGGUGUGAGUCCAGCCACAUAGAGCUCUCAAACGUUACACGCACAGCAUGCAAGCUUGGGGCAACAGUUUUCCGCCAGAGAACAAAGACCACACUAUUGAUGUCAUUCAUGAUGUUUACAUCCUUUGCUGUGAAUGAGCGCCUGAUUGUCAAUGCAUCAGUCACAAGUAAGAAUGAGAACAAUAACACAACCCAAGAUAAUUGUGCAACUACAUCUGUGGUAGUUAAACUUCCUGUUAAUGUUGUGCUAAAUGAUGGAGGAUCAACUCGGUUUGUUGAAUAUCCUAACAGUGCACAACUUGAGCAUGUGUAUAUGGUGGAGAACAUUGGAAAACUGCCUGUACCUGUGAAUGUUUCCUUUUUGUUUCCAGUGAAGAUGGCUUUAGGAUUCUCAUUGAGUGUGUCUGUUCCUGAAACAAAUGGAACCAGUACGACUUGUGAAAACCAAGUUUCCUCCACAAAUGGCAAAAUCUCCAUUCUGACACAUCAGCAUUGCAGUGCUUCUAUGUGUCAUCUCAUUGUUUGCUCUAUCCCGCUGUUGACUGAUCAACCAAUCAGAUUCGGGUUUACUAGGAAUAUCAGUUCAGACAAGCAGGGAUCUGGUUUGCAGGUUAGGAUCAUCAGCUGGGCGUUUCUCUCAUUUGACACUGAGAGGUACAUCCAGUAUCCCUCUGAUGACUCUCAACAGCUCUCUAUUGUGACAGAGUUGGAGGUCCCGUCUCAGGCUCUCGCAGUACUUAUUGCCUCACUGUCGGUCAUUUUUGGACUCAUCGCUAUGACGAUCAUCUUUGUGCUGCUGUAUAAAAAGGGCUUUUUCAAAGCAACUUCUACUGAUGACCAAGACAACCCAGUGUCACCAUCUGCUGGUGAAGCUGAUUUGACUACAGUCCAGUAGGCCUACAGCAGUGACCAAACUACAGCAGGACAACCUGGACAGAUGAAUGAAGAGAAAUCAACCCUGUAGUUCACUUUUUCCCCCAUUUACAAAAAGCAAAAAAACUAAUAUAGAAUAAUAAAGAAUAUGUAAGUUUUAUGCGAGAUCAA